AUGAAAGAUAUUUAUGGUUUAGAAUAAAGAUGUUAUUCAAUUAAUAUAAAAGAGAUUCAAUAUGUUAAUAAGCUCUUGAAUUAGUUAAAAUUGUAAUUUAUAAAUAUAUAAAUCAUAGCCUGGAAAAUAUGAAAGAAAAGGAGCCCAAGAAGGAAAUGUUACUUUAAUUUUAUAAGGCAUUCCAAUAGAGAUUCUAACCAUGUUAGUUUAUUAAUAAAAUAUAUGAGAACGGAUCUUGA